AUGGCGCGCAAGUUCUUCGUUGGCGGCAACUUCAAGAUGAAUGGUACCAUUCAGUCUAUCAAGGAUAUCGUUCACAACUUGUCGUCCGCGAAGCUAGACCCCGAGACUGAGGUCGUCAUCUCACCUCCGUCACUGUACCUCCUCCUCACACGAGAGCACCUCCGAGAAGGCCUCGAGGUUGCAGCACAGAACGUUUUUGACAAGCCUAACGGAGCGUUCACAGGCGAGAUCUCGGUGCAGCAGCUGAAAGAUAGUAACAUCACCUGGGCCAUCCUUGGUCACAGCGAGAGACGGACGCUCCUGCAAGAGACUGAUGACUUCGUCGCAAGCAAGACCAAGAAUGCUUUGGAUGGAGGCAUUGGUGUCAUUUUGUGCUGUGGUGAGUCGUUAGAGCAGAGAGAAGCCAACACGACUGUCGAUGUGGUCACCAAGCAGCUGGACGCUGUCAACAAGACCAUUGGCAAGAACGGUUGGGGCAAGGUCGUCAUCGCAUAUGAACCAAUCUGGGCCAUCGGCACCGGCAAGGUUGCGUCCACAGAACAAGCACAAGAGGUGCACGCCGCCAUUCGAAAAUGGCUGAAGGAAUCGGUAUCGGACGAGGUCGCGGAUGCUACCCGUAUCAUUUAUGGAGGCAGUGUCAGCGAGAAGAACUGCUGUGAUUUAUCCAAACAGCCAGAUGUCGAUGGCUUCCUCGUCGGAGGUGCCAGUCUGAAGCCCGCCUCAUGGAUAGUGAUAUACAAUGUGCAAAGCUCGGAUACCACGUCUCCAGAAGGAGAAAAUGUGGUCACAUAUCGUCCGCGACGGCAGCCCCAGCAUAAACAAAACGUGGAGAUUACGGCUGGAGGUCCUCAAGUUGGCGAGACCAAGGUCGACAUCUCAACAGAAGACGACUUAGCACUCGUAACAAACGAGCACAAAGAUGCGUCUCACGACCAAGCCGUCGACAAACCACCGUCGCGACCGAUAACAAUAUCAACACCUCCAAUGAUUCCAGCCGCAUCCUCAAAAUGGAUCAAAACAACAAUUCCAGACCCAGCCGACGAAGACAUAUCCCGCCUCUUCAUGACCCGCAGCACACCGCACGCUACACCUCCCUCCACCCUCGCCGUCGUCAUGACCAAAGACGCCUCAUCCUGGGGCCGAAAAGAUGGCGAGCAGCGCACCCUCGCCACUUAUCUCAGCCUCCUCCGAUCGUCCGGCCUCGAUCUCCAAACAGUCUCGCUCGGCCUCCUCACCUCCAACGACUCCGAGUUCGCCCUCUACUCAGAGCUCAUAUCCGAAGACGAGGAACAAUUCGGCUCAGCCACCGUGAUUCUGCACCCGGGCUACGCAACGCGAGCCGACUGGGGACAAGGGGAAGCGCGGCACGCGAACAACAUACAGCAUGACCGGCGUGCGGAGAUGGCUCGGUUGAGAAACUAUCUCAUGUUCACGGCGAUGGGGCAUGCGCCGACUGUGAAGUCCAUCAUCUGGAUUGACGCAGACGUCUACGACCUGUCGGAAAACCUACUGCCCAACAUGAUCGAGAAGCUACACGUAAACGAGACGGUCGGGCUGCUCACAGUGAUAUCUCAUUUCGGAGGAGGCGGGAGUGACUAUGAUCUGAAUGCAUACCGUGGGAGGCGCACGCAGCCAAACGAAGAGCAGAGGAAGAAGCUGAGGGACGAUGUUGGUAGUUGGGUCGGCGCAAUGGGUGGAGGGCAUCAUAUUCAUCAUGUUCUCGAGAAGAUGAAGUUGCAUAAAGAGAAGAAAGUGAAGAUUGCGGCAGGGGAAGGGGCAUUUGAUCCGUUGAGCGCCGAGUUCGAGAAGGAGGGUUCGGAUGGGGAGUCAGAGGGUGGCGAAAAGGCUGUGCUGGACAUCUCAGACGAGGAGCUGGCUGACUUCUUCAAACGCUUGGGUGAGAACGACGAUAGCAAAAACCCAUGGUGGAAGGAGGAAGAGCCCGUCGAAGUCGAGGGCUUGAUGCGGCUCGAUGCAGUGGGUGCAACGGUCUUGGUGAUCAAAGCUGGGCUGGUGAGUCAGGGGCUAGCGUUCGCGACGAGCUACCUGGUCGGGACGGACUGGGAGGCGAAGGGUGGGAUGCCAUUGAAAGCGAGGGAACUUGCGUUACCGCAAGGACGUUGGGGAGCGGAUGCUGGGCUAUGA